AUGGAUGAAGCCAAGAGAAUGGAAGAAGGGCUAAAGACAACCUAUAAUGAUUACCAUAAGGGCGAGUUGAAACAUGAAAUUGAAAGAACUAACGGUAAUGGAGAUUCCAUUGAGCAUGACAAAGACGCAAGGAUUACCCAAGAGGGUGAGUCCGUUCAGCAAAUAGUGGAGCAAGAGCAACCAUUGCUGAUGGUACUAGUAGAUGAUGCUGAUGCUGGUGGAGCUUAUCCACGCAUUGAUCACUCCCCAUGGAAUGGAUGUACAUUGGCUGAUUUCGUGAUGCCUUUCUUUCUUUUCAUUGUUGGGGUUGCUAUAGCCCUGGCACUAAAGAGAAUCCCCAAAGUUAAGUAUGCUGUGAAGAACAUUAUCCUUAGGACAUUGAAGCUUCUCUUCUGGGGUAUACUUUUGCAAGGUGGAUACUCUCAUGCCCCUGAUGAUCUAUCAUAUGGAGUUGACAUGAGAUUUAUCCGAUGGUGUGGCAUUCUCCAGAGAAUAGCCCUUGUGUACUGUGCUGUAGCUCUAAUAGAAACAUACACCACCAAUUGCAUAUCAGCUAGCCUCUCUGGCACCAUUGGCAUUCACUAUGGGCAUGUCUUGAUUCACUUCAAGGGUCAUUCCGAGAGACUCAAGCAAUGGCUCUUAAUGGGGUUUCUGUUAUUAACCCUAGGCCUCAUGCUUCAUUUUACAGAGGCUAUCCCAAUUAACAAGCAACUCUACAGCUUCAGCUAUGUUUGUUUCACAGCUGGGGCAGCUGGAAUUGUCUUCUCUGUGUUCUACAUACAGAUCGAUGUUUGGGGGAUUCGUACUCCAUUCUUGUUCUUGGAAUGGAUAGGAAUGAAUGCAAUGCUAGUGUUUGUUAUGGCAGCACAGGGCAUCUUCGCUGCAUUUGUAAACGGGUGGUACUACAAAGACCCAGAUAACACAAUAGUAUACUGGAUUCAGAACCAUGUGUUUACCAAUGUUUGGCACUCAGAGAGGUUGGGAACUCUGUUAUAUGUCAUCUUUGCAGAAAUCACUUUCUGGGGUGUGGUUUCUGGCAUCUUGCACAAAUUAGGAAUAUACUGGAAAUUAUAAGCUAAUUACAGAAUCAACCAUGUUAAUUAAUGGAAGAGACCUACAAUAGUGUAAUAUGUCAAUUCUUCUAUGCAAUGAUUGGUGGU